AUGUCUGAUUUUAAACAACUCCAUAUUGAAAGAUCCAUUGAUGAUCGUAGUAUUUUGUCAGAUGAUAAUUUGUAUUGGCAAGGCCUGAAUGAAGGCCACCCGGUUACAUUUCGUGAAUAUGGUCCUGUGACAAAAAUUGAUGUUGCUCCAAUUAAAGAACAAUGGGUAUCCAUCACAGAUUCAACGCGGGUUCAGAUCUAUUCACCCGAAUCGUUAACAUUAGUACGCUCAUUUUAUUCAUUUAAAGAAACAGUUUACUGUGGAACAUUUCGUUCCGAUGGACGUUUAUUAUGUGCUGGUGCUAAAGAUGGUCUCGUUCGCGUGUUUGAUUUUGAAACACGUUCACAAUUACGUUUGUUUAAAGAACAUCAAGGUUCACCAGUACAUUGUACGUAUUUUUCACGUGAUAAAAAUUUUAUUAUUACUGGGUCUGAUGAUCGAACGGUACGGAUAUUUGAUUUGGCAACAGAAAAAGAAUUUUCAACAUUUUCAAAUAUUCAUACAGAUUACGUUCGUGCGUUAGCACCGGGUCAGAUGAAUUCAAAUUUAUUACUGAGUGGUAGUUAUGAUCAUACCAUGAAAUUACUUGAUAAACGGACUGGUACAAGUGUUUUAUCUGUGGAUCAUGGACAUCAAAUUGAAUCGGUACUUGUUUAUUCAAAUGAGACAUUAGCGAUAACAGCGGGAGGUCCAUGUGUAAAAGUAUGGGAUUUACUGGGUGGAGGAAGAUUAUUGGCAAAUUUAUCAAAUCAUCAUAAAAGUAUAUUGUGUACAGCAUUUAGUAGUGAUCAACACUAUAUAUUAUCAGGUGGAUUGGAUCGACAUAUUAAAGUCUAUGACGCAACAACAUUUCGUGUUGUACACACACUACAAUAUCCGGAUGCUGUUUUGUCAAUGGCUAUUUUAAACCCCGAUGAUAAAGCACUGUUAGUGGGUAUGCCAGGUGGAUUGUGGUCAAUGAGACGGAGAACAGGACAGUUAGAUAAUAAUAAUGGAUAUAUAAUUAACAAUGCUACAACUACUACGAAUAUUACAAUUUCAAACGAAGAUAAUGAUAGAAAAAUGCAAACAACAGAUGAUACAAAGUCAAUAACAUCAUCAUCAGAAUCGAGACGACGUAGAAAACGGCGAUUUUUUCCAAGCGGCAUUGCAACUCCUGUACUGGAUUCAUCUGAUCAUCUUGUUAGUGCCAAUCGUCGUCCACAUUUGGAAGCAUAUGAUAAUUAUUUACGAAAAUUUCGUGCUUCAUCCGCACUGGAUGCGGCAUUUACAGCCAGUCUUAAACAUCGUCAACCAGAACUUGCUAUAAUUGUGCUCAAAGAAUUAUUUCGUCGAAAUAUGAUUAAGCAAGCCCUAGCUGGUAGAGAUGAUACAUCAUUGUUAAAAAUUGUCCGUUUUAUACAAAAACAUUUUUCUAAAGCGAAUGCUAUGCCGACAUUAAUUGAUGUUACCUAUUUGUUAUCACAAAUUUAUAUUAAAGAGUUGAUGAGAAAAGGAAAGAAUACAAAAGCAAUAAUGAAAUUGAAAGAUUUAAUUAGUCAAGAACUAAGAUAUCAAUCAGAAUUAAUGAGAACAAAAGGUGCGAUUGAAACAAUUCUGCUUGGAAUGGAUACACAAGGAACGACAACUAUGAACGCUGCUUGA